CCUUAGACAAAAGCCCCUUUUUUUGGUACAUCAACUACCAAGUAUUGAGCCAUGAAGGUUGGGAGCCAGAUGAAGCAGAUGGGGAAGCUGAACAAGGCGCUCAAGGAGCAGAGGGCCAAGCUCUACAUCAUCCACCGCUGCGUCGUCAUGCUCCUCCGCUGGAGUGAUUGAUCCAUCCGUCGAUCUGUUCAUCACAGAUCGAUUGAUGAUCAGUCAUUUGUUUCAGCCGAUCAAUUCCUUCUGUUUUGGAUCUUUUUUCACCUUGCCGAUGAUGCAUUCGGCGGGGUUGCAGAUUCCAGCGGCAUGGCCGAUAUGUGGUGCAUGCAUGGAUGAAUAUCAUCCAUGCAUGCAUUGCGCUGCCUAUGCUUGCAUUUUAGAAGGGAUUGAUCGGUUGAAGUUUUCCUUUCCAUUUUUUUUUCACCUGCCUCUUUGGAGGCAGGGGUGUGAGGAGAGGACGCCGGAGCACUCAGCUACAAAGGUUGAUGCGCUUCCGUUCUCUUCCACAAAUGGAGAAGGUUGAUAUAGAUACCAGUUCAUUUCGUUUGCUGGGACUCCAGUUCAGUUGGCUACAAAUGCUGCCGAUGCUGAUUACACGCAUGAUUCUGAAGAAGAUAAGAAGAUCAAAAAGAAGAUUAAAUAAGACGCCGAUCUCAACUCAUGGAUUAUUCUGCUGGGAUGGUGCUCGUUGACAUUGUAAUCUAAUCUGAAGAUGUUGCUUUUCGUUCUGAUCCUUGUAUUGUAAUGUUGCUGUCCAGGACAUGGUUUCUGUUCUUGUGUUUGUACUGUAGCUGGU